UAAACUGCAGAUACACGUCAUAAUGAACAGCGAAAGGUAGAGAAAUCCGUGUCAAAUUAGUGCAGAUUGGAUGCAGCUGUGUGGGACUCAGCUCUUGGAAUUAGUUCUUGGAAUGUCUUGGAUAAUCUGGAUCUUCAAUCAUGGAUGAGUCCGCGUUGGAGCGUUAUUUUGAUGACUCCAUAGCAAAUGACUCUGGAUUUAUUCUGGGGGAGGAGCUAGGCCUCCAGAGUCCCACCCCUCAAGCAGAGAAACCUGUUGCAACUCAGCAGGGUGUCUCUUACCUGUCAGAGAAGGAUGGAAGUGGCGAGUUGGGGGAGGAGUUGGACCUGAGUUUUUUACCUGAUGAACUGGGCACACAUAAUGAUACAGCAGGAGAAGAUCAGGCCUCAGCUCUGGAAAUAUCUCAAGACAGCGGCGUCUUCGACUUGAACUCCCAGAACUCAAUGGCAGCUUACACACAGCAGGGGGCAUCCACCUCAGGAAUGGGGACCAUGGCCUCUCCCUUUUGUCAAAUGACCCCUAUGACCCCUAUGACUCCUAUGACACCUGUGACAGAGAGGUCGGGGAUCAUCCCCCAGUUACAAAAUAUUGUGUCCACCGUGAACCUGGGUUGUCCUCUGGACCUGAAGUUCAUUGCCUUGCAGGCCAGAAAUGCAGAGUACAACCCAAAGCGAUUUGCAGCUGUGAUCAUGAGAAUCCGUGAACCUAGAACUACAGCACUAAUCUUCAGCUCAGGAAAGAUGGUGUGCACUGGUGCUAAGAGUGAGGAGCAGUCACGGCUGGCGGCCAGGAAAUAUGCCCGAGUAGUUCAGAAACUGGGCUUCCCUGCUCGAUUUCUGGACUUUAAAAUCCAGAACAUGGUGGCCAGCUGUGAUGUUUUCUUCCCGAUCAGACUGGAAGGGUUGGUCCUGACCCACCAGCAGUUCACCAGUUAUGAACCUGAGCUGUUUCCAGGACUAAUCUACAGGAUGGUGAAACCGCGUAUUGUCCUACUCAUCUUUGUGUCAGGAAAAGUGGUUUUGACCGGUAACCAACUCACACCUCUUCACCUGGUUGGUUGGAGCUAAGGAACGAGCAGAGAUUUAUGAAGCCUUUGAGAACAUUUAUCCCAUCCUGAGAGGCUUCAGGAAGCAAUGAGGACCGCACUUCCUGUUUGUUCUAUAGGCUUAAAUGAAAGUGUAUUAUACAUAUUUGUGUUUUUUCUUUUGUCUAAAUGUCUGGAACUCAGUCAGCAAAAAAUGUCUAUCACUGAGUUGAAUAUGGAUGAUCUUUGAUUACAGUUA